AUGCUUUGUGACCCUAUCCGCAGCUACGGCAAGGAAGAGAACCUCGGCGCCUUCGCAGGGGCGCUGUCGGCAAUCGUUUCGAAGCUGGAAAGGUUUCGCGGCGACAAGCCCCCCGAUGUAGUGCGUCACUUUCGCUGUUUCGGGGGCCGUUUUGUAUUUCUUUCUCGGGGUCCCUUUUACUUGGCGCUCUUUGACCGACAGAGUAUCAACAACAACAUGGCGAGGGCUUACCUCAUGCUGCUUCAUAGACAGCUGGUAUGUAUUCUGACAAAAGAAGUCGAACGCACUCUUCUAAUUCGACCGAGCUUCGACGUGAGGCCUCUUAUGGGAGGCACGGACGGCAUAUUUCGCGGGCUUCAUCGCCAUUACUUCAACUCCAUGCUUUCCGUUUUGCUGCCAAUUUUGCUGGAGUCAAAUUGUGCUGCAGUUGCAGCUGCUGCUCCAGUUGGCCCUGGAGCAGUCGCCACUUCCGCUGCAGCAGAGCAGCUGCAUCAGCAGCAGCAACAGCAGGAGCAGCAAUCUGCUGCCCUUUCGAUUAGCGGGGCCUUCGAGGCUCUGCCCCUGAGCAGCACGAUGCGGCACAUAGCCACGACGGCAGUGAAGAAUGGCCCCACCCCGAACGUCCUAGCCUCGAUGCUCUUGGCAGAACAACGGGUUGUUUCUCUCUCGUACGCUAAGGGAUACGAGCUCAGUUCCACAGAUGUCUGCUUGCUGACAAACUUUGUGAGUUCGUCCUUGGCUCUGCGCCAGCUGGAAAGUUUUACUCCACUCUGUCUUCCGAGCAUAAAUGACAGGCAAGCGGCUUCAUCCUCCCCGUUCGUUGUCUUUGGAAGCCUUCGUCUCAGUCCGCAUGUGUUUGUUUUUGAGUUCCAUUUUGUCACUGCUCCGGGCUUUUUGCACGCUUACGUUCGCUACUUGACGCCGCGUCUGGCCUUCGUUUGUCUAUCUUCUCCGGCGGACUCCAUACGAUUUCAUCACCUCGCAAACCACUGCAACAAACUCUUCGCGAUGCUGACGAACACCGGCUGCUUGGCCGCCAUAGAGACGUCGCUGGAGUAUGCACCGUAUGCUCUGCCACGUUGCCUUUGGGGCGAUAUAGCGUUGGUGCACUGCGCCCUCUUCGUGCCUUCUUUGUCUCAAUACUUUUCGUCUGCGUUUGGAGAUGACUACAAAACAGACGUCUCAAAGCAGCAGCGGUGA